UUUUAUGAUAGAUAUUUAUGAGUACGAUUAACAUUGAACUAUAUUAUUUCAUCAUGUGUAGUGUACAAGAAGGCGAAGAUGUUUCUCCUGCACGCAAGGAAAAGAUUGUGGAGGAGAGGACAUGCAUGAAAUGUGAGAAGAAAGCAGUGCUGGUGACCAGAGUCAAUGAUGCUUUCUGCAAGGAGUGUUUCAUGGUGUAUGUCACCCACAAAUUCCGGGCAGCCAUUGGUAAGUCCAAGUUGAUCAGAGAUGGGGAGUCGGUCCUCGUGGGUGUGUCGGGGGGUCAGGCCUCUAGCUGUCUGCUGCACCUGAUUCAGGAGGGUCUCAGUGGGCGUGCUCACAAGAAGUUACGAUUUAAGCCAGGGCUUGUCUUUAUUGAUGAGGGUGCCACCAUUGGGAUGUCAGCUGAAGAGAGAUUGGCUAACUGUACUCAGGUGUUAGAAAUCAUGGAGAAGACAGGUUUCCCCUGUUACCUGAAGGCCCUCGAACAGGCCAUGGAACUAGAAAGAGAGGCUGUCACAAAUACAGCCGACCAGACAGUCACAGCCUCGAUGACCUCGGUAGAGGACCUGACCAAACUCCAUCGGUAUGACAAGGCGGAGGAGGAGCUCCGAGCUCUGAUGGACUCACUCAAGUCUGUCAGCGCCAAAGAGGACCUCAUCAAGAGCCUCAGGCAGAAGAUUUUGAUGGACCUUGCCCUUAAGAAAGGUUACUCCAAGGUCAUGCUGGGGGACUGCAGCACCAGACUGGCUGUCCGACUACUGACUGACAUCGCUCAGGGCAGGGGGGCCCAUGUAGCCAUGGAUACUGCAUUUGCAGACAACAGAUGCAAUGACAUUACCAUAGUUAGACCGAUCAGGGAUUUCAGCAGUAAAGAAGUGGCCAUGUUUAACAUCCUGAAUAAUGUGCCAAGUGUUUUCAUUCCAAGGAUAACAACCAAAGCAGCAGACAGCGUGAGCAUUGAGCACCUGACAGAGAGGUUUGUGACCGGACUACAGGCUGAAUACCCCUCAACAACCAGUAAUAUCAUGAGGACAGGUGAAAAAUUACACACAGAAAAAAAGAGUUCUUCGGAGAAUCAAUGUGCAAUCUGUCAGGCCCCCCUCGACACGGACGUCCCUCCAUCCUCAGCCCUGAGUGCCGUCAGGUUCUCUGAGACUAUGUCUCGUUGUAGCAGUGUCACCCUAUCUAUAUUUAGUACAGAUACAGCAUGUGGUGGGGGUGGAGACAAAACCUGUCAGUCAGAGGGACAAAAGGAAUCUGAGUGCUGUGGGCGGGGUGAUGGAAGCUGUCAAUCAAAGGAAUCAAAGCUGACGCGUGAUGAAGUUGAGUCAGCAUUGUGUUAUGCUUGUAGAUUACUGAUCAAAGACCUGGGUGAUGUCAGUAAGCUGCCGAAACAUAUCCUGGAUGAUAUCAGUCAGAGACAGCGAAGAACAAAAAUGAAGUCAGAAAUUGAGGAUUUCCUGUUGGACCCCUCAAACACCCCAGAUUGAUAACCAGACUACAGCCAUCCUUGAUUCUGUCAAUUAGUAUCUUUGACAGAUUAAUGUCAGAAAUAAAAUUUUAAUAAUUUAAAGAAAACCUAAAUUGUUAAAUAAAGAUAUGUUCCAAAUAUAUAAGUAUGUGAGUAUUGUUAUUUAAAAUUAGUUAUUACAAUAGUAUGUCACAGUUGUAAUUUGUAUUGUAUCUUUCAAAGUCAAAAUAAAACGAUCUAGAUUUUUGAAA